AUGAACAAGCCUAUCAGAGAAGGCCUCGACAUUGAUGAUGAGGCCAAAGAUCCAAAUUCAGUUUUGAACUUCUGGAAGGAGGCUUUGAUAUUUAGAAAGGCCCACGAGGAUAUUACGUCUACGGCUAUGAUUUCGAGUUUAUCGACUUGGGCGAUGACAAGCUAUCCAGUUUCGCAAAGAAGUACGGCAAUGAGGCAUUGCUUGCUGCUUUGGACUUGA